GAAUCUUAAGAACACUUUAGUAAUGAAAAGAAAUAGAUCCAUAGUUAAGAAUUAAACAUAUAUCUGACUUGAUCUCUCUGGGUGUGAAACAGUUAGGUAUGGCAAGUGCUCUGGAAACUCUAAGUGGACAAGCAUAUGGUGCUCAACAAUAUGAAAGAAUCGGAACUCAAACUUACACCGCCAUUUUUUCACUGAUUAUUAUUUGUAUUCCUCUCUCGGUCUUGUGGAUAUUCUUGGGAAAGGUACUCGUUUUUGUAGGCCAAGAUCCUCAGAUUUCGUAUGAAGCUGGAAAAUAUACAAUGUGGCUUGUUCCUGCCCUUUUCGGCUAUGCAACGCUUCAACCACUCAUUCGGUAUUUUCAAAUACAAAGUAUGAUCCUUCCCAUGCUCAUAAGCUCAUGCCUCACAAUCUGUUUCCACAUAGCUGUCUGCUGGGUUCUUGUAUUUAAUCUCAGAUUAAAGAUUAUUGGAGCUGCUGUAGCCAUGGACCUUUCGAUGUGGUUAAAUGUUACCAUUCUCGGUUUGUACAUGAAAUUCUCUUCCAACUGUGAGAAAACUCGUGCCCCCAUUUCCAUGGAGAUAUUCAAAGGAAUGAAAGAGUUUUUCCGCUUUGCCAUUCCUUCUGCUGUAAUGAUUUGUCUUGAAUGGUGGUCAUUUGAGCUACUUAUCUUGCUAUCAGGGCUUUUACCUAAUCCCCAGCUUGAAACCUCAGUGCUAUCCGUGUGCCUCAACACCCUUUCUACACUAUAUGCAAUACCAUAUGGAUUAGCUGCUGCUGCAAGCACAAGAAUUUCGAAUGAGUUAGGGGCCGGAAAUCCACAGGGAGCUCGUGUAUCCACUAUUUCUCUGAUGCUUAUUGCAGUUGUAGAAGCAAUAACAGUAAGCACAAUCAUCUUUGUUAGCCGGCACGUUUUUGGCUACAUUUUCAGCAAUGAGGAGGAAGUUGUGGACUAUGUCACAAAUAUGGCUCCUCUUCUUUGUCUAUCUACCAUAAUGGACAGCAUUCAAGGGACCCUUGCAGGUGUCACAAGGGGUUGUGGCUGGCAGCACAUAGGAGCUUAUAUCAAUCUUGCUGCAUUUUACCUUUUCGGAAUUCCAAUUGCUGCAGCACUGGGUUUCUGGUUGAAUUUAAGAGGAGAAGGUCUUUGGAUCGGAGUACUUUCCGGCGCUACUUUACAAACAAUUAUGCUUGCCACGAUAACAAGUUGUACAAACUGGGAAAACCAGGCAGCUAAGGCUAGGGAGAGGUUAUUUAAGGAGAAAUCUUCAGCUGAGGCGGCAUUUGUUUUAAGAGAAUAAGAGAAGAUUACGAAGGAGUCGCCUCUCCUUAUCUUCAUGCCUCGUUUAUGUAACAUCCAUUGGACUACAAAAUUCAUCGAUAGAUAUGGCGUUCAUGAGGUCUAUAUGACAUAGUGCAAAAAUUCGUCGAUAAAUAGGGAAGUGACGUGUUAAUAUUGGAGAAAGGAAAAACUAAUCGCCAAAGUACUACUAUGGUGAAUAAUGUUCAUAUUUCUAUGAAAACUAUUUCGGUUUGAAUAAAGGUUAGAAGCCUAUUUCACUUGACA